AACUGGACCAGACCCGACAAUGUCUUUUGCACAUCACACACGCUAGAUUCAUUCACUCUCUGCGACACCACACCUGGACGCCGACCACCAUGCACUGACAACGUUCCUAUAUAUAGUACCCUAGACCUCGACAUAUCCCGCUCAACCACCACCACCACCUUCAACUACCGCGACGUUGACUGUGACAAAUUCCGCGGCAGGCUACAACUACACCUAUCGGUAUACCCCGAACCGACAGCUAUCACCUCGGAAGAACAAUUC